CGCACUCCGAGAGUCCCUCCGUCCCAGGUAGGCCGCGUCGCGAUCGCCGCCGCGAUUCUCUCGUUCCGCAUCUCGCUUCCUCGGCCCGCGCCUCGAGAACGAGUCCGGGUGACGUCACCGGCCGCUCGACGUCGAGCUGUCAAAGAAAAAUACAAAACGAGGUAAGCAGGCGGGCGGGUCCUGCCGCAUCCUAAAUCGAGGGAAAACUGUGCGGAUCGAGUGCGCCAGCCACUUAUCGGUCGCCAUCUUGCUGCCAGCGAGAAAGAGAGAGAGAAAGAAAGAGUGAGAGAGAGAGGGGAUCUCUUCAUGCGACCGUCCCGUCGUCGCCUGGGCUUCGCUCCAAGAAGGAUCCUAACCGGAAACAGCCUCCAGGGGCGGAGGAGGGGGUGAAGGGAAGGGGCUACUAGACUUUGGAGUGUUAAACACACACACACACACACAUAUACAUAUAUAUAUACAAGGUUCUACCUUUCCUCUCCCGCGAUGGCGAUGGAAACCCCCAGGGAGCGAGAGAUCGCCGCCGAGGACAGCAUCAAGGUCGUCUGCAGGUUCCGGCCGCUGAACGACUCCGAGGAGAAGGCCGGCUCCAAGUUCAUCGUCAAGUUCCCCGGAAGCGACGAGAACUGCAUCUCCAUCGGGGGCAAAGUAUACCUCUUCGAUAAAGUAUUCAAACCGAAUGCUACACAAGAUAAAGUCUACAAUGAGGCAGCAAAGUCCAUUGUCACGGAUGUUUUGGCAGGAUAUAAUGGAACCAUUUUCGCAUAUGGUCAAACAUCGUCAGGUAAAACGCACACGAUGGAAGGAGUCAUCGGCGACCCCAAUAAGCAGGGUAUCAUCCCCAGGAUCGUCAAUGACAUCUUCAAUCAUAUUUAUGGCAUGGAGGAAAACUUGGAAUUUCACAUUAAAGUAUCGUAUUUUGAGAUCUACAUGGACAAGAUCAGGGAUCUUCUCGAUGUAUCCAAGGUGAACUUGAGCGUACACGAAGACAAGAACCGGGUGCCGUUCGUGAAAGGUGCGACCGAACGGUUUGUUUCUAGUCCCGAGGAGGUGUUCGAGGUGAUAGAAGAGGGCAAAUCGAAUCGACACAUCGCCGUGACCAACAUGAACGAGCACAGUUCGCGCUCCCAUUCCGUUUUCCUCAUCAACGUCAAACAGGAGAAUCUGGAGAAUCAAAAGAAGCUCUCUGGCAAGUUAUAUCUGGUCGAUCUGGCCGGUUCGGAAAAGGUUUCCAAAACCGGUGCCGAAGGAACGGUGCUUGACGAGGCGAAGAACAUCAACAAAUCCCUAUCUGCGCUGGGCAACGUAAUCUCCGCCUUGGCUGACGGCAAUAAGACUCACAUUCCUUACCGCGACUCCAAGCUUACGAGAAUCCUGCAGGAAUCGUUGGGUGGUAACGCUAGGACCACGAUAAUCAUCUGUUGUUCACCCGCUAGCUUCAACGAAUCGGAAACAAAGUCAACCUUAGAUUUCGGUAAACGCGCCAAGACAAUCAAGAACGUUGUAUGCGUGAACGAGGAGUUGACGGCCGAGGAGUGGAAGCGUCGCUACGAGCGCGAGAAAGAGAAGGUGGCCAGAUGGAAGGGCAAAGUGGACAAACUGGAGGCGGAACUGUCCCGUUGGCGACAGGGUGAGACCGUCAAACCCGAGGAACAGGUCAGCCUGGUCGAGGCACCAGAUGUUACCACCCCAAUCAACGUCACCGUCGAAGUCAAACUGGACGAUAGUCCGAUGCCGGCCACUCCUGGCGGCGGCCUCAUGAUUGGUUCCCUCUCGAACGAGGAGAGGCAGAAGCUCGAGGAGGAACGCGAGAGGCUGUACCAGCAACUGGACGACAAAGACGAAGAGAUCAAUCAACAGUCGCAGUAUGUCGAGAAGCUGAAGGAGCAGAUGGAUGAACAGGAGGAACUUAUCGCCAGCGCGAGGCGAGAUUACGAGCAGCUGCAGCAGGAGAUGAACCGAAUACAGCAGGAGAACGAGAGCGCCAAGGAGGAGGUGAAGGAGGUGCUGCAAGCACUGGAAGAGCUCGCCGUCAAUUACGAUCAAAAAUCGCAAGAGGUCGAGCUGAAGAACAAGGAACAGGAAUCCAUGACGGAGGAGCUGCUGGCUAAACAAGUAGCUCUAAACAACACCGCAUCUGAACUGCAACAAUUGCGCGAUAUGUCGGCCCAUCAACGGAAACGCAUCGCGGAAAUGUUGGCGAACUUCUUGAAAGAUUUGGGCGAAAUCGGAGUCGCAAUCGGCGGCGAAUCCAAUGAGAACCUAAAAAUCGCUCCACCGGAGAGCAACGGCAAGCUCGAGGAGGAGUUCACGGUGGCGCGGCUGUUCAUCAGCAAGAUGAAGUCCGAGGUGAAGAACUUGGUGCAGCGAUGUCAGGGACUGGAAAGCUUCCAAGUGGACUGCAACAAGAAGGUGUCCGAGUACGAGAAGGACCUGGCCGAGAGCCGGCUGUUGAUCUCGCAGCACGAGGCGCGUAUGCAGACGUUGACGGAGUCGAUGAAGGAGGCCGAGACGCGCAAACGGGCUCUGGAGGAGGACGUGGACGCCUUGCGCGAGGAAUGCGCCAAGCUGAAGGCCGCCGAGCAGGUACAGGCGGUAACCAACAAGGAGAAGGCCGAGGAGAAGGAGGCGGCGACGAAGAUGCGAGUUGCCCUGGAGGAACAGAUGGAUCAGCUGAGGGACGCGCAUCAGAAACAGGUUGCCGCGCUUCGGGACGAGUUGUCGGAGAAGCAGGAGCUGAUCAGCGAGCUCAAGGACCUGAAUCAGAAAUUCACUCUGGCGCACCAGCAGAUGCAGGCUGACUACGAGCGACUGAAGCAGGAAGAGGCUAACAAGUCCGUGAAGCUGCAGGAACUUGUGCUGUUGAACGAGCGCCGGGAGCAGGCGAGAAAAGAUCUCAAGGGUUUGGAGGACACGGUAGCCAAAGAACUGCAGACCUUGCACAAUCUGCGCAAGCUGUUCGUCCAAGAUCUGCAGACUAGAAUAAAGAAGACCAUCUCCGCCGAGGACAACGAGGACGACGGCGGUUCCCUCGCGCAGAAACAGAAGAUAUCCUUCUUGGAGAACAACCUGGACCAACUUACGAAGGUGCACAAACAACUGGUCAGGGACAACGCCGACCUUCGCUGCGAGCUGCCUAAGCUGGAGAAGCGACUGCGAGCGACGAUGGAGCGGAUCAAGGCUCUGGAGACGGCGCUGCGCGACGCUAAAGAGGGCGCGAUGCGGGAUCGCAAGCGGUACCAGUACGAGGUCGACCGGAUCAAAGAGGCGGUCAGGCAAAAGAAUCUGGCGCGUCGCGGACCGAGCGCACAGAUCGCGAAGCCGAUUCGCGCCGGUCAGCACCACCUGAGCAAUGUCAACGCCAUCAGAACCGGCAAUCGCGAAAACGAAUGCAAGAACGCUUUCAUCGACGAAAACAAAAGAAUUCCAGCGGCUCUUAUGUAUAAUGGAUAUGCAUAAAUGUUAUAAUAAUUAUUACUAUUACUAUAUUUAACAAAUAAGGGCAAUAGUACUAUAUAUUAUCCGCAAGGAGAGCACCGCCAGUUCUUUUAAUUUUCUUUCUUUUUUUUCCUUUUUUUCGAAGCAAGCAUGUGCUUAGGUACAUAUGUAUAAGAUAAGAGUGCAUUAAAUUGUAUGUAUGAAUGUGUGAGUGAGUACAUGUGUAUGUGUGUGUUUAAUGCGAGCGCUGCAUGUCCCGUCGAUGUGUAAAUAGGUAAUUUUUAUAAAUUAUUUAAUUUAAAAUGUCACAUGCGCAUGAUGAUGAUGAUGAAGAUGAUGAUGUCGAAUAAAGCAAGUGUCUCAAUCGAAUGAGCACGCGAGGAAGUCUCUCGUCACUCUCUGGGAAUACUUUUUACUUCGAUCGGUGUGCGUUUUCUAUUUUGAAUCGCUUGGAACUCACAAUCAACCCGAUGUCUCUCUCCCCCUCUCGAAAAAAAUGAGAAAAAAAGAAAGGAACAAAUUGAGAAUCUUUAAGGAGGCAAAGGAUACUUAAGACGCCUUUAAUUCAGAAUUAAGAAGACGAUCGGACAUGCGGCUUCGAGAGCGAGUGCAAAAGUGAUUAUAAGUCUGCUCUUUUCAGCUGAACUCCAGCUACUUCAGAGUUUAAACUACUUUAUCCGUUUUACUUUACAUUGGAACGAAAAAAAUAUAUCCAAGUAGCAAACUUAUGUUAUUUUGACAUCUAAUG